AUAUUGUUAAUAGAGAAAUAAAAAGCAGCUGAAAAAUUUCUAAACUUCACUUCACCCCAAAAUUGCUAUUUAGAAGCAAAUUGUAUUAUAUAUAUGGCCAAACAGGAGAAAUCUUCAAAUCCGUUUCAGGAUGAUGAUGAAGAAGUGGAUGAUUUUGAAUUUUUGAACCAUCCUCGGCAGGGACAGUCUGGUUAUAUGCUAGCAAAUAAUAAUUUAGGACGUGAACAAAGUGAAUGGGAAAAUAGAAGAAUGCAGUUGUUAGAAGAACGUCGACGUAUAGAAGAAAGGACAUUGCAAAGCACAAAUAAUUCUCUUGGUCUUCUACAUGAAUCGGAACAAGUUGGUAUACUUACUGCUGAGGAAUUAGUAAAGCAAAGAGAACAGCUUAAAAAUAUUGAAGAAAAUCUUGACAUAAUUAACAGUACAAUGCGAACAAGUCAGAAGCAUAUCAAUUCUUUAAAAGUGAGUAUUUGUUACAAUAAUUUAUUUUAUAGAAAAUGA